AUGACCCUCUACAAGCCGGGUCAAGUCCCAGGUUACGAAUGGACACAAAGAUGGAACAAGAACUCGUCUGAUCCCAUUCAGCUUUGGGCUUCGCGCGAAGUCAAGGUCAUUUACAUAUCUGUAGGCUUUUCAAACAGGUAUAUGCCACUGCAGGUGCGUCGAUUUGUUCCGCGAGACGGCGAUAAGCUAGAGCGGACAUGGGACUAUCAAGGGACCAAGAAGUCGGUUACCAUUCCGCCAUAUGCACUGAUCGACUUGGAAGCGGGAAAAUCGGCGUACACCCGGUACAUCCGAGACUCCAUGACCGACAUAUUUCGAAACAUGCUUGGUGAUAGCGACAACCUCUUGUACAAAACGUACCUCCAAGCUUGGCACAUGUGGAAAGACCCGGCAACUCCACCAGAAACGUUUGAACUCCUCAACUGGACGCUUCGGCUGUGGAUAGCCGUCCGCCUGUCGACCACGUCGGCGUUUAUCGCCGGGAAAGAGAAGCUGGGCAUGACCAGUGAUAUCCUGGACGAUACCAGUCCCAACCCUGGGAAGAUCCCGCUGCCCCCUGUCUUGGGCGCGCAGAUGGAUAUGAUAUUGAUCCAGCAUAUUCAGACUAAACUUCGGCAUGAGCUUUUGGACAACCUUCAGAAAGUAAUGCUCAAGAACAAGCCGUCAAGCUGGCUGGUGACGUACUUGGUAGCAUUCAUUCUGCUCCACAACGUCGCCCUGAUCACGAAACAUGAUGCGGGCUAUGCUCGCAAACACGGCAUGAAUCGCCGGUUUGCUCGAGAAGGCAAGGUGCAAGAAUAUCAUCUGGGAGCAAAUAUCAUCCUUGCCCACUUUCACUACUGCAACAAGGGCGUGGCUCCCUUCUCGGACGAGUGUGAGGAUCAAGAUCUGCGGACAUUAGCGCAUCUUGAUGAGGAUAAGAUCCAGUUUGUUCGGGCGACCAGGGCAUACGUCCAGCGGCAUAAGCGAGAUUGGGAGCAACUCCGCGCCAGAGGGGAGUACGAGAAUGACUUCUACUUCGUAAGCCAACUGUUUGACGAGAAGUGGCAUCCCAGGAACACCGUCUGGUAA